GUUAGUAACACGAGAGGAGAUAGGACCUUGUCACGGACACUAAACUGUUGACUCAAAGAGUUGACUCUUGGAUGGUCCUGUUGUUCACCCUGCACUCGUCCCCGGGUCAUUUUCGCUGUGAUCCGCAUUUUUUACCAACAUGAAUCUUUAUUUUGCAUUUGGGUUGUUGCUAACGUUCUUUGUUUUGCCGGGGACUUCGCUGGCCGAAUUAGUCUUCAGAUGUUCGAGCUGCACGGCGGAGAACAUGAUUGGAUGUCCGAGAGUGGAUGCAGACUGCACAGAAGUUGUGAGGGAGCCAGGCUGUGGGUGCUGUCCGGUGUGUGCCAGGAUGGAGGGUGAGUUCUGUGGGGUCUACACACCCAGAUGCUCCAGUGGCCUGAUCUGCUACCCCACCAUGGACGCUGAGCUACCUUUGGAGCAGCUCAUCCAGGGCUUUGGGCGCUGUGUACAAAAGAUAGAUGAGAGCACCACGAUAACUGUGGAACACCCGGCAACAAAUGAGUCCCUGUCUUCAGGAGCUGAACAAAGUCUUAGAAGAGAUCUCAAAGAUUACCUCUGAGGAUAACAGAGGGCCUCUGGAGGACCUGUAUGGGCUCAAGUUUCCAAACUGUGACAGACGUGGACUGUACAACGUCAAACAGUGCAACAUGUCCACCCACGGUCAGCGAGGGGAGUGUUGGUGCGUUAACCCCUUUACCGGAGUUCAAAUUCCAUCAACGCCUAAAAUCAGAGGAGAUCCCAACUGUAACCAGUUCCAGGAGGAGCUGCGAGCGAUGCCCACAGAAACUACGGCUCGCUAGAAGACCUCACCAAACCACGUUUUUUUGUUUUUGUUUUCACCAAACCAGUGCAGGUUAACAACAGUGUUCUGAGCAUUGUGUAACUAGUUAGGUUAAAACACACACACAAAAUGCUUAUGUCAGCAUUUUUUUUCCAGAGGGAGCCAAAAACAUUUAAUAAAGCAGCUUAAAUUAAAAAA